AUGCGUGGUGGUGGGAAUGGAGAGAGAGAGGGAGGGGUGGUAAAGGAGGAGACACAGGAGGUGGGAAUUGAAAGAGAGAGGGAGGGGUGGAAGAGGAGCAAAGCAGAUGGGGUGAAUGGAGAGAGAGUGGGGUGGAGGAGGAGGAGACACAGAGGAGGUGAUGGGAAUGGAGAGAGAGAGUGGGGAGGGGUGGAAGAGGAGGACACAGGUCAGGUGGUGGGAUUAGAGAGGGAGGGGUGGAAGAGGGUGAGAUUCAAAGGAGGUGGUGGGCAUAGAGCGAGAGGGAGGGAUGGAAGAGGAGGAGACACAGAGAAGGUGGUGGGAAUGGUGAGAGAGAGAGUGGGGUGGAAGAGGAGGAGACGCAGAGGAGUUGGUGGGAAUGGAGAGAGAGAGGGAGGGGUGAAAGAGAAGGAGAUGCAGGUGGUGGGAAUGGAGAGAGAGAGAGAGCGAGGAGUGGAAGAGGAGGUGACACAGAGCAGCAAAUGUGGCAGUCCGGAACGUCCGACUCAAAAUGUUGCUGGGAGCAAGUCUGGUGUACGGGUUGGAGACGCCAGCCUGUACCCUGGCCGCUUCCAGGUGGCCACGGAGCUGUUUGAAAGGAUCUGCGUGCGAGGCAGCACGGCAGCUGCCAGCCUGCACCCGCCGCGCCACUCACUCAGCGCCUGCGCUCCUGGUGAAGACCCGGCGUCUGGGGGCACCGGCCGGCUCGGCGACCGCGGAGCGAAACGCUAUUUGCCGCCCCCGCCGCCCCCGCCGCUCCACCGCCCCGCCGCCCCCGCCGCCCCCGCCGCCCCCGCCGCCCUCACACAGCCGCUAGGCGAGCCGUUUGGCCCCGCGUCCGCGGGAGCGAAACGCUAUUUGCCGCCCCUCCGCACCCGCCGCCCCCGCCGCCUCACCGCCCCGCCGCCCCCGCCGCCCCGCCGCCCUCAAACAGCCGCUAGGCCAGUCGUUUGCGGCGUGUGGAUCCGCGUCCGCGGUGUCACUAACAAGGCGACGCCCCCAACUGGAGCGAAACGCUAUUUGCCGCCCCCGCCGCCCCCGCCGCUCCACCGCCCCGCCGCCCCCGCCGCCCCCGCCGCCCCCGCCGCCCUCACACAGCCGCUAGGGAGCGAAACGCUAUUUGCCGCCCCUCCGCCCCCGCCGCCCCCGCCGCCCCACCGCCCCGUCGCCCCCGCCGCCCUCACACAGCCGCUAGGCGAGCCGUUUGGCCCCGCGUCCGCGGUGCCACUAACAAGGAGACGCCCCCAGCUGCGCCCCCCGGCGCCCCGCCCCCCCCCCCAGCCGCCAGCGCGGGGGCGGCCAGGGGGCGGCAUGCCUCCUCCGCCCCCGCCGCCCCCGGCACUUUCUCCCUCGCCGCACGCCGCCCCUGACCUAGAGCGGCGCACUUUUCAUAACAUCCGCUUCGCCCUCCGCCGCUAUUAA